AUGGGUAGGGGGGACGGAGGGAGGGACAGACACCGAGGACGCCUUCCUCCUCUUUUUGUCAGCAGACGGAGCGGAAAAAGCAGAAGACAAACCCGGAGUGGUUUGCUCAUGAUGGAUCACCGCAGAGAGGCAGAGGAUGACCAGGAGCACAACAAAGCUAUUUUGGAAAUGCUACAUAUCAAUAAAGUGUCUGCGAGUCCUCAGGCUAAGCCACAUCCUUACAUGAGGGGGAUCUAUCAGCGAUUGGACUCAAUAGAGGCUCAAGACUUUGAGAGUUCAGAUGGAACGCUGGUGCAGAGCUUUCGGAGUGUAGUUGGUUCACAUAAAGCUCCCCGAGGAUGGAUCUGGUUCAAUGUCAGCGGCCGGAACCCGUCCAUGCUGGGUGCAGAGCUGGUUAUGUACAGGAAGACCCUUAACCCCAAUUCCAUCAGUGUGACUGUCGCCCUGCACAGUGUCACAGCUUCACAGGGAGCUCUAGUGGAAAGUCCUGCCCUGGAGGAGAGACUGCUGACCCUGGAUCAGCGAUCCUCAUCUGGAUAUGAUGUGUUUGAUGUGUCAGCUGCUCUUCCUUUGAAGCCUUUGGAGUUGGUGGGCUUUCAGCUGCGUUAUACAGACGAGAGUGGGAGUCUGGUCCUUCAUGAAGCCCUAACACAGAGUCUUUACUGUCUGAACAGAGGCUCCCUGAGUGAACCCUUACUGGUGCUCUACCAGUCAUACCCCCUCCACAUCUAA